AUGGCAACAGCUACGAUGCCCAGCCUCGCAGUCCAUGAUGGGCGCGGUGUCGCUCCCCUAGGCAAAGAAGAUGCCAUGUCCCCGUCUCUCCCUCCGCCUCAAGUUCACACUCCUCCCACCACCGACGAGGCCAGCCACAAGGACGAUGACGCAGCCUCAAGUUCCUCCCUCUCCGAUCUCGGCGACGAUCUUGAAGAUGAAGAGAAUAGAAUGAGAUUUGAAGAUGCGGCACGCGCAGGUGCAGAAGCCGAACAGUACUCAGAGGUCAAGCCAGACCGCUACGAAAACGGCGUCCCUAUCUUCACUCCGACAAUGGAGCAAUUCAGAGACUUUCAAAAAUACGUGAAGGGCGUGGAUCCCUACGGCAUGCAGUCAGGUAUCGUGCUGAUAGAUCCUCCGGAAGAAUGGUACGUGGCGAAACGUGCCCGCAAAGCUUUGGACGACCUGAUUAAGACGAUCAAGAUCAAAAACCCAAUCACCCAAGAGUUUCAUGGCGCUCAAGGCAUAUACACACAGCGCAACAUGGAGAAGAUGCGGUCCUACAACCUUCCACAGUGGAAAGCCCUAUGUGAGCAGACUGAGAACCAACCUCCAGCAAGACGAGGGGAGAAACGUUUGAACGCCGACAAGUUGCUCGGACGAGGCUCCAUCAAAUCUCGCAAACCUGAAGCCUCUAGCACGCCCGAACCUUUGAAGGGUAAUCCCAGUCGCGCGAAGUCUAGGACGAUUAAACAGGAACCCAGCGAUCACGACUCAACUCUUCUCGCUCCUCCUACUCCUACAAGUCCCGACGUAAAGCCGGCCAUCCCUGACAUCAAUGAGGGGGAGGAUGGAUUUACCGAGAACACAGAUCCCACACCGACAAAGGGUAAGCGAGCCAGAAAACCUGGCAGACCGAGAGGACGACCUCCAAAGUCUACCGGCAAAAGAGAAGCUGGAAACAAAGGCGCCGAGACCACCGUCGCCGCCCGGCGAUUGAGAAACGCUCGUGAAGCCAACGACGAUAUCGAUGAGGAGGCAUUCCGAGAUUUUGACUAUCGAGUUUACGAUAAUGACCAGUGGACGGCCGAACGCUGUGAUGAACUCGAGGACAAAUACUGGAAGAGUCUCAACUUCAGCAACCCUAUGUACGGUGCAGACAUGCCUGGAUCUCUAUUCGACGAUGACACAAAGGAAUGGAAUGUCGCCAAGUUACCAAACUUGUUGGAUCUCCUGGGUGCACCCAUUCCCGGUGUCAACACUGCAUAUCUGUACCUCGGGAUGUGGCGGGCUACCUUUGCCUGGCAUCUGGAAGAUGUGGAUCUCUACAGCAUCAACUACAUCCACUUUGGUGCCCCGAAACAGUGGUACAGUAUCUCGCAAAAGGAUGCGCCCAAGUUCGAAGCUGCCAUGAAGUCACUGUGGCCGUCGGACGGUAAGAGCUGUGACCAAUUCUUGCGCCACAAGACGUACCUCGUUUCACCCUCGAUCUUGAAGUCAAAAUUCGGAGUCACUGUCAACAAGGUCGUCCAUCGUGAAGGACAAUUCGUCAUCACCUUUCCCAUCGGCUAUCAUUCCGGCUAUAACCUGGGCUACAACUGUGCCGAAUCUGUCAACUUUGCCAUCGACAACUGGCUAGAAUAUGGCAAGACUGCGCGGAAAUGCCGUUGUGAGGCCGACAGUGUCUUCAUCGACGUUGAUUGGUUCGUCCGGAAGAUGAAUGGCGAACCGACUCCAGAGUAUGAGGAAAUCGAGGUGACUGACGAUGAAGAUGAUCUGGACGAACCUAUGGAUCUACCCACACCUCCAAGCAGUGAUCGUGGCAAGGUCAAAACAGCUCAAAAGAGGAAACGUGCUCCCAAAGACCUUGGGCCAAACAAGAAGGCGAAGAAACUCAUCAAAAUCCGCAAAGUCAGCAAAAACCAGCCGUGUUGUCUGUGUCCCAACGACUUUGCUUGGGAGGAACUUCUCCCCACAACAGGUGGCCUGCGAGCACAUCGCACUUGUGCCAUGUACACACCCGAGACCUACAUUGCCAAUAAAGACGGCAAGGAAAUGGUUUACAAUGUGGAGAACAUCAGCAAAGCACGUCUGGAACUCAAAUGCUAUGAGUGUCGCCAGAAGAAAGGCUCGUGUUUCCAAUGUUCUUCGGCCAAAUGCACCAAGUCAUACCACGCGACAUGCGCUAUGCAAGCAGGUGUUCAAGUCGACAAGGGAGAAAUUGCUGUCUGGCAUGACGGUGUCGAAUACCGCGAUAUCGGUUUUGACUGGCGAUGUCGUCUUCACCGUACGGUCAAACGGACGAGAAUCACCAGUGAGCUGUCGGCUUGCAACCAUGCCAACAGUUGUUGGCAGAAUGCCGACUUCCGACGCUUCCUGUAUGAUCUCAAACAAGGAGAAGUGAUCCAAUUUCAAGCAACCAAUAGCGACGAUAUUGAGGCAGGUCUGGUCAUGGCAGGAUACGAUGAGGGACAAGGCUCGGUCCUUGUUAAGAUCGUGCCAGAUCUCAAAACAAUCAAAGAAGUUGAUCCUACGUCGAUUCUCUUUGUCGACAGCGCAACUUCAUGCCUACAGAAGCCCUCGGCCGGCGCUCUUGAACUGCCGGAAGAUUUACAAGGAAAGGCUGCUUCACUUUCCGAGUCUUCUGAAAAGAAGCCUAGCGCAGGAGAUCCAUUCACGGAGGAGCCCAGAACCGAAUGGGCCGAGUUCGCGUCCGCAGAGCCCCCUCUCAACAAAGAUCAGAAGCCUGUCGACCUUUCCAAGGACAAACAAUUGUGGAUCUACCUUGGUGCAACAUCAUCCGAGGCCAAGGCCCAUUAUACGUCUGACCCUAAGAAACAAGUCCAUGAUCCAGCAUCAAACUUCCUGGACCUGGUUGCCCCUCCAAAGCCCGUCAUGGCACCGCCGCCUCAACCGAAGCGCCAGUCUCUUGCUGCCUCAUACCCAAUGCUCAAUGUGGCUGCAAAAAAUGCCGCCAUGGCGAAUAUACGUCAGAAUCUCCUGGAUCAACACAAUCUGACUCCUAGAGUACCGGGGACGUUCAGCGGAACAACACGCGAUCUUACCAUGAGCCAAAGUCAAAAGAAACAGGCAGAUCUGAAACCCAGCCAGAUUAAACCUUCACAAUACCGUGACAUCGUCGCUGGACAAGAAGCACGGCUCAAUGAGCAAGCAAGAAUUCUACAACGACAGCAUGCCAAAGCUCAACAACUCGAUGCUGCAGAGCGGAAUGGAAUUGGCAUUGAUCAUGACGCCGUCCAACGACAGAGACACUUUCAACGGCAAGCAUCUCAGCAUGCUAAGCACAUGACGGAAUGGUCCAACGAUCCCUCUCUGCCUCCUCUUAAACAAUAUCAUGACCAUUUCCCGAAUUAUCACCCUGAGGAUCCGUCCAGCGGAUACGGUGCUGCCUCAGGGAUGAACUCGAACCCCCGACCACAACAAUACGAAUACACUAACAACUGGAUGAACCCCGGCCACGACGAUCGGAAGUCAAGCUUUGGAACACCACAGGGUUCAGUACUGAACUCGGCGCUCUCGUCUCACUUCGAUCUGUCUCAGUCGACUGCAACUACUCCCUUUCCAGCAUUUGUCCCGCAGUCUCACCUUCAAUUCUCUUAUCAGGGAGACCCAAAUCAAGGCUCUGGUAUAACCCCUGAUUAUCAGCCGUCGCCGCUGGAAAGCAUUCGAGCUGCUGCAAAUCAGCCACCUCCACCUCCACCCUCUGCCGAAGUCGAACGUCGGCGGCGAAUUUCCAAUCCUGCUUAUCCGUUCAAGAGUCCAGACCAAAUCAAGGCUCGGAAGCACGCGGAGAAGCAGUCGCCAUCUGGCAGUAGGCCCAGCAGCUCAUACAUGGUACCGAGUCCAAGAAUGCAGCAUGAAUCUUACCUACAUUCGAGCACAUCGGCAAGCCCUGUGCAGACCAUCGACCCUCAAAAUCCGCCUCAGUUCAUCAAUCCCAACGCCACACAGAUCAGUCCUCCUGGAUCAAGUGCGGGUCACAGAUCCGCAAGCGGAAGUUUCUCAGGUCUUGGGAUCCGGUCGACGAUCGGUCCUUCUGUGCGACCGGGCUCGAGGAAAAGUUUAUCGGUCGACAUGGAUAUAGACCUGGCCCCAUUCCCUGCCAGUUACGUGCAGUUGAGCGAUUAUGUACCGAGACGCUUGUCGUAUGAUCCUUUGAGCAAUGUCAGUGCGUUUACGCAACAAAAGCCCCAGAAUCUGGAUCCACCAAUGGCUCUGCCGUCUCGUCAACUGCUCGAGAGUUUGGAGAAGCGACCAAUCGGGCUCAACGGGUUAUUGUUCAACAACCACCAGAUCCCAAAGCAAUUGACCGACUGGCAGGAGAAAGGAGGUUUCUGGGGUCGUGUUGCAGGCUACUAUAUCCAGAAGCAUCAGGCUGCGGCCACGGUGUAUAGGUCACCAUUUGCAGCAACGACCCAACGGGCGAAUGAAGGCACUCUCGCUCAGAGGUAUUACGACAGUCUGGAACCGGAACAACGGGUGAGGAUCGACGAAUAUCGGGAAGGGAAGACUGAAUGA